GGACAGCGCCGCAAGAAACCGACGACGACGGCCACGCCACGAUCGUUCUCAGCUUCCUCGCGCCAUCCCCUGACGAGAGCGAACAGGAGGACCUCGGACGUGGGAAGCAGAGCUUUCCUUCUUGUAUCUUGUGAAUGUGAGAGAGUCAUGGGAGAAUCUGGUUGGAUGGUGAACUUGCAUGAUUGGUUUUCGUUGGCUUGGUUUGGAAUAGUUGCUAGCUGCAUUUUUCGAGAUUCUUGUUUCUUUUUGUAGAGAGAGAAUCGAACAGGAGGAUCUGGUUGCCAUGGAAUGCGAGAGAAUCGUGAUCGAACAGAAAUUUUCGACUGGCCUGCUGGGGGACCAGUGAGAGAUUUCCUUCUUGCUUCUGGUGAACUUGCAUUCUGGUUUUUGUUUCUAUUGGCAACCUGGAAUAUUUACAAUUUUUGAAGUUUUUUCUUUUUUUUAAUAAGAUAAUCAUGAUAUAGAUGGAUUUUUUAUUUGCUGUUGAAGAGAGUUUUUUCUUCUUGUGUUCGGUAGUUUGUUUUUAUUGGAGAUUAUAGAGUAUUUAUAAAUAGUUGAUCUAUUCUUUGCUUGAAUCUUCUUUCGAUGAAUGGCUUCUUUUCUUCUCAUGUUGAAGGAAUUUUUAGUGGAUUUUUCCUCAUGCGUUGGAAGUUUAUGCGGUGAUUUAUCUCUCUUCUUGCUUUAAAUCUUUUGAUUAGCAAAGAUGAAAAUUUAGAUGAUUAAUGGAAUAUGAUCUAAAAUAUAAAUCCUUGACUAUUUAUAGUGAGACAAUUUCUGCUGGAUCUUUAUGUCUUUCUGCAUUAAGAGAUUCAGCGAUAACAACGAUUUUCAAUAGGUCGGUUCUCUGGCAGCUUGCUUUUUCGCGAAAAGGGGUCAUUACGUGUCUAUUUACGAGUAUCGUCCAGAUAUCAGAACAGUGGAUUGUUGGGGUCAGAGCAUUGACUUGGCUCUGUCAGUCAGAGGGCGGGAAGCUUUAAGGGCAGUUGGCCUUGAGGAGGUUGUGGUCGAUCAUCAUGGUAUCGCUAUGCGUGGUAGAAUGAUACACAAUAAGAAUGGGUCGCUCAAAGAAAUACUUUACGAUGGUGUGAAUCAAAACUGCAUUUAUUCAGUUACUAGACGAUAUCUAAACAUCGUUCUAUUAAAUGCUGCCGAAAAGUAUUCCGAAGUAAGUCUCCAUUUCAACAAGAAAGUCGUGGAUGCGGAUUUAGACGAUGGAAAGCUGACGAUAUUGGACACGAGAACUCGAAAGAUAGAGAAAGCGAAAGCUGAUUUGAUAAUAGGAGCCGAUGGUGCUUACUCGAUCAUCAGAAGAACAAUGGCGAAGAAGCCACGGUUCAACUGUAGUCAAACUUAUAUCGAACAUGGGUACCUUGAAUUAUUCGUCCCUUCUGGAAAAAAUAACGAGUUUAUGAUGAGUAACAAGCAUCUUCAUAUUUGGCCACGAGGAGAAUUUAUGAUGAUAGCUUUGCCCAAUGACAACUGUACUUUUACUGUUAAUUUAUUCGCCCCUUUCUUAACCUUGGACAAGUUGAAAACGCCUCAGGAUCUUUUGAAUUUUUGUGAAGAAUAUUUUCCUGAUCUAGUGGAAUUAAUUGGAAGGCAGAAGUUGGUUAAAGAUUACUUCGAAAGGGAACCAAAACCUUUGAUUUCUAUAAAGUGCAAACCUUAUCAUGUUGGAAAAACUACCCUUCUUCUUGGGGAUGCUGCUCACGCUAUGGUGCCUUUCUAUGCCCAAGGAAUGAACACGGGUUUCGAGGAUGUUUUACUUCUGGACGAGUUAAUGGAACGUUAUAACUCGGAUUUCAGCAAAGUUCUUCCAAAAUUCUCGGAAUUAAGAUGCGAAGAUGCGCAUGCCAUUUGCGACCUUGCUAUGUACAAUUACGUCGAGAUGAGAGAUUUGGUGAGGAAGAAAUCUUUCCUUGUUCGAAAAUAUAUAGACACGUUUCUCUAUAAACGAAUUCCAAAAACGUGGAUACCUCUCUACAGUACAAUACACUUCUCGAGAAUGAGAUUUCGCGAUUGCAUAGCGAAUAAGCAGUGGCAGGAUAAGGUGGGUCGAAACACUAUGAAGAAAAUCAACAAUCGAAUAAGAAUUAUUCAAAAUGUACUCGAACAAUUAUCUUUUUACAGGUAUUACGCAGAACCGCUUGGUGCACGAUAUUCUUAAUCAUAGCUAUAUUAAUGGCGUCUUUCGUCCAAGUAUCCGCAAAGAAAAGUAUUUUAUAUUAAAUUUUAAUACAGAUUAUUAUUAUACAAAGUGCACAACCAACGUGGAUAUGUUAAAUGUGUGCGUACGCAUCGACAUUUUACAACAAUAAAACUAAUUGUUAACUAAUUUCAUGAUUUUUUUCCCUCAAUUUUUUCCCCUAGAAGUUAACUAAAAUAACUAGAAAUUUACAAUUUUCGCUAUUUGAUUGAAGAUCGAUUAAUUGUUUGCACAAUUUGAGCAAAUCUCGUUUAAGGCCUUCACCUUUUUUUCUUAUUCUUCUUCGAUGAUGGAACAUCGGCCAAGGUAUAUAAAUAUUCUUUCAAUAUAACUACUCUUCUAUCUUAACUCUAUUGGUUCUUUUCUAUGGAAAAUUCUUAAGCUAAUCAAUCUAAUUGACUAAAAAA